GAAUGUCUUCAUGGGUUGCUGAGGCUGCGAAGCAAUCGUCUAUCGACUCAGCGUGCGCGUAUUGCCAUCGAGGCAAUCGAAAUCCAAACGUCGAUGGCUUGCUAGCAUCUCACGACUCACCCACAAGUGGAGCCCUCUGUCAUUCUCCUGUCCUGUGACCGCAUAAUCAGCUGGAACCAGUGAAGCACAAGGAGUCUCCCUCGUGAGCAUGGUGACACCUGUAUGGCCACAAAUUUGGCCUGUAGCCAGCACGAGCAAGCAAAGACUAGACGAGCCUGUGCUUGACAGCUUGCGGAGACUCUUGCAACAAGCUGGCAUCGAGCCCGCAGACGUACACGAGGAUGAGCAUCCGUGGACUCGCUUCUCGUCAAGAAAGAGCUCGAAAGGCAAGGACAGGGCUCAAGAUGAAUCCAUACGGCAACGAUCGCCCGAGAUGGCCUGGCUGGCGGCUCAGUUGCUCGAGCGGAAUGAUAUGGAUCGAGCUGUUGCGCUCUUGGCGUCUGCGGCGAAUGACGAAAGCAUACAGGAGCAACUCCUCGAUAUCGUCGGCUACGAUCGUAUCGAGAGCUUGCCUGCCAUCAUCGCUCGUCGACCGGCCAUUGCAGAAGAGGUCAAGCUACGUGAUCAAGCAGCCCUUCUCGCGCAUAGCGAGCCUUCAGACUCACCGCACCAACCUUCAUCUUACAAUCAGCCACGAACGAGACAGCUGCAGCCACAGAUAGACGUCAAGACAGCUGACGAGCGCGCCGCUAUCAAGCAAGCUCGCAAAGCCGGUCAGAAGGGCAAAAAGAACACAGCCAAUGGUGCGGCAUCGUCCCAACUCGCGUCAGGUCGAUUCGACGCUGCAGAGCUGCAGCGAAUCCGCGAGCAACAGCUUCUCGAAGCAUCUCAGAGGCCAUUGUGGACCAGCGAAGCUAGACCGGACACUGCGCUCAAGCUGCCCAACGUCUACGCUUCUUCUGCCUCACACGGUGGCACGACGCUCUCAUUUUUCGGUCAGAAAUAUACUCUCCCCGUCGGCACGACACGGCAAGCGCACGAACAUUAUGACGAAGUGUCUAUACCCGUCGCCAGGCAACUACCUAUGCGCAAGGACGAGCGCCUGAUUCACAUUGACGAGCUAGAUCCGAUCGCCAAAGGCUCAUUUCCAGGCUAUGCGACGCUCAACCGUCUGCAGUCCGUGGUCUAUCCGAUUGCCUAUCAAACCAACGAGAGCAUGCUCGUCUCUGCUCCGACAGGCGCGGGCAAGACGGACGUUGCCAUGUUGACAAUGCUCCGAGCGAUAUCUCAAUACGGAGACCUCGAUGAGACCGCGGACAAUCGCUUCGUCAUGCGCAAUAACGAUUUCAAGAUCAUCUAUGUCGCACCGAUGAAAGCGCUGGCCGCUGAAGUCGUGCGCAAGAUGUCCAAAAGAAUGGCAUGGCUCGGCGUCAAAGUGCGCGAGCUGACGGGCGACAUGCAACUCACGCGGUCGGAGAUCGUUGAGACUCACGUCAUCGUCACUACCCCCGAGAAAUGGGACGUCGUGACUCGCAAGACGACGGGGGAAGGACAGUUAUCCUCAAAAGUCAGGCUUUUGAUCAUUGACGAAGUGCAUCUGUUGCACGAUGAUCGUGGUGCGGUCAUAGAGUCCAUCGUCGCACGAACGCUGCGUCAAGUCGAAUCUAGUCAGAGCUUGAUCAGGAUCGUUGGAUUGUCUGCGACCCUCCCGAACUACAUCGAUGUAGCCUCUUUUCUUCGCGUCAAUCUCUAUCGAGGGCUGUUCUACUUUGACGGCAGUUUCAGACCCGUUCCACUUGAGCAGCACUUCCUCGGCGUCAAAGGCAAGGCAGGCAGCCCAGAUUCGCGCACCAACCUUGAUAAGGCUUGCUUUGACAAGGCGAGUAGCGCGAACCGCAGGCUCGAAUCAUUACUGAACGAAGGACAUCAAGUCAUGGUCUUUGUCCAUGCUCGAAAGGACACGGUCAAGACAGCAGAGAUGCUUCGCGAGCAAGCCUCAUCGGAAGGCCUCGCCGACCUCUUUGAUGCAGCAGAUUUGCCGCGAUACGAUGGCUUCAAGCGUGAAGUGGGCGCAUCGCGUAACAGAGAACUCAAAGAGCUCUUCUCGCAUGGCUUCGGCAUCCACCACGCAGGCAUGCUGCGGUCCGAUCGGACGCUUAGCGAGCGACUUUUCGAGAGCAACAUGACCAAAGUCUUGUGCUGCACGGCGACGCUCGCCUGGGGUGUCAAUUUGCCGGCCUAUGCUGUCGUCAUCAAAGGCACACAGGUGUACGAUGCUGGCAAAGGUUCCUUUGUCGAUCUUGGCAUCCUUGACGUCCUGCAGAUCUUCGGUCGUGCUGGUCGACCGCAGUACGAGACUCACGGUGUCGGCUAUAUUUGCACUACUGCGGACAAGCUUGAUCACUACGUAAGCGCCAUCACCCAACAACAUCCCAUAGAGUCGCGCUUCGUCACCGGUCUAGUAGACUCGCUCAAUGCUGAAAUUGCGCUGGGAACGGUCACGAGUAUUGACGAGGGUGUCCGCUGGAUAUCGUACACUUAUCUGUUCGUCCGGAUCCGGCAGAAUCCUAUGGCGUACGGCAUCUCUCCAGACGAACUUGUCGAUGAUCCUUCCCUCGGCAGCAAACGACACCUGCUUAUCACCCAAGCCGCGAUCGCUCUUGCGAAAGCUCAGAUGAUCAGCUUUGAUGCAGACUCAGGCAGUCUGCGCCCGACCGAGGUCGGCUCGAUCGCAUCGCGCUACUACAUCCGGUUCAAAAGCAUGGAGAUUUUCAACGAGCGUAUGCGACCGAGCAUGUCGAACGCAGAUGCCCUUGCGUUGCUAUGCAUGAGCACGGAAUUCGAACAGAUUGCAGUCCGCGAUACCGAGACCGUUGAACUGUCAAAAUUGAUUAGCGACGUCAUCCCUUGCGAAGUCAUCGGAGGAACUAAGACCACUCCUGGCAAGGUCAAUGUGCUCUUGCAAUCUUACAUCAGCCGCGCCACUUUGGUCGACUUUGCCCUCAUCAGCGACCAGGGCUAUGUCGCGCAGAACGCCGGACGUAUUGCGCGCGCAGUGUUCGAGAUUGCUCUGAGCCGAGGGCACGCUGCGCUGGCUACCGUCAUGCUGGAUCUGAGCAAGAGCAUCGAAAAGCGGAUGUGGGCGUUUGAUCAUCCGCUCGGUCAAACGGAUCUGCCACGCAACGUGCAGUACAAUAUUCGCCAGUACCUUGAUGACUAUACCGUCGAGGAUAUUGCAAAUGCCACAGAGCAUGAUCUGGGUGAAGCGCUUCGGCUCAAUGAUCGACUGGGCGGCAUAGUCAAGCUGGCAGCGCAGCAGUUUCCCCGGGUCAUGUCAGAUACACGCGCUCAGCCUAUUGCGCCUGACUUGCUCCGACUGACCGUCACUGUAACGCCACAAUUCGAGUGGACGAAAGCGACGCGCACUUCUGUCCAGCCAUUCUACUUGUGGAUCACUGAUGCGACAGACUCUGUCAUCUUAGAUGCGACACGACUCGUCUUCAAAUCGACGACAAGAAGUCUCGUGCACCGCGCUGUCCUCACACAUGAGCCGAUGACAGAGGCUCUGCAUGUCCAUUUGGUCUCAGAGCGCUGGCUGGGUAGCGAUGUGUUCGAAGAUGUCGAGCUCGUAGAUGUGCACGUACCGGCCCUGCCUGACGACUCGACUGUAAUCUUAGACGUUCCGCUCUUCGAACAUCCUCGCACGAUUGCUGCAGAUCCGUUCAAGCUCAGCGGCAAGACGCACGACGCUGUCGAGACACAGAUCUUUCAUUCGAUCAUGCACACAUCUGCCAAUGUGCUAGUCGCUUGCGCUACCGCUCACAAUCGGCUGACAGUGCGCGAGCUGGCAUUGACUAGACAUCUAAGGCUGGGUGACAAGAUUUUGCUGGUCUCCGCAAGUCCAGCCGGCGCCAGACUAGCGCAUGCAAAGCUCACCUCAGCUGUAACACCGCUGGGUCAUACUCUUGGGCUGCUCUGUGCGGAUCGGCAACGUGAAGACAUUCCUGACAUCCUCAUCACUGACGCGUCGUCUUUGAUCCGUCGAUGUGAGGCUAUAGGUACGGCAGGCUUGCCCGAUGUCGCUCUCUGCAUCUGCGAGGAGCUUCAAUCGCUCAAUACUGAGUACGAGCUAGCACUGGCGAUGCUCUCCUCCCAUCGUCGGAAGACUCGCUAUAUCGGCUUAGCAUGCUCUUUGCAGACAUCUGGCGAUCUCGCGCAGACACUAGAGGUGCCAGCAGGACAUAUCUACAGCUUUGCGCCGUCAGUCAGGAUGACAUCGCUGACGACUGACUUUCGGCCGUUCUAUCAAUCAACCUCGGCGUCUUUGCUGACAAUGAUGCUCCGGCCGGCCUACGAGAUUCUUCGCAAAGCAGCAGGUACAAUCUUGUGCGUCGUGCCAUCAGAAGAUCAAUGUCGGCAGACGCUUCGAGAGCUGUCAAAGAUGAUUGCGCUCGAUCUAGACGCCCCAGAUGCUUUCAUAGGCGAUCACGAAACGAUUGAUAUCUAUGCCGGUCAGCUCGGCAGUGGAGAUGCCGAUGAGGCACUUCAGCGAGGGCUUGUCGCAAUGCACGCGCGCAUGUCGCCCAAAGCUCGCCGGAUUGCCAGCAGUCUGUCCAAGAGCGGCGCUGCGCGCGUGCUCAUUGCUACUAGUGACGCGGCCGUCGCUCACAAGAUCUCCUUCGAUCACGUUCUCAUUCUUGGUACCGAAUUUGGCGUCUAUAGUAAGGAUGGCGAGCGUCAGCACUGCGAAUACUCGCCAGCUGAUCUGGUGGCCCUGCAAGACCUGGCGAUACCAUCAACUAGUGGCGGCACGGCGACUUGUCUAGUGAUGUCUUCGCCCGCACAGAUUGCGCUCUGCUCGCGCAGCCUGCUAUCAGGUCUCAGUCUUGAAUCUGACCUUGAAGUCAACAGCCUGGCAUCGUUUAUACUGCGAUUCGUUGCGGUCGAUGUCUUCAAUUUCAAGCAAAAGAUCAUCGAUCUGCUUUCGGGUAGCUAUCUCAACCGUCGGCUCGUCUCAAACCCGGACUACUACAGUCAAUUGCCGGGUGAGGAGCUCAGUCUGACGCAGCUCGUCGACGAGGCCAUCGCGCUACUACAGAAGUCUGGGGCGAUCAGGGUCGAGAGUGGCAGCCAGCUCUGCAUAACUCGGAUAGGUCAAGCGGCCCUACAGUCGCACAUCGCCGUCGAGACGCUUGGCGAUCGUAUCGCAGAACUGAAUGAACAUUCUCUGAAGGCCAUCACAGGCGCUAAUGAAACGAGUCUGCGGCACUACUACUCGAAAUUACCCCGAAGGGUGCAGACCGAACUCGGCAAGGCAGACAUACUCGACUUGACGGCUGUCGCGGUGCAGCAGGCCGUCUUGCUUGCUGGUCUCAAAGCUGGACGGGUGCCGUCUGAUGCGCAGCUAGAGCAACUUCAGUACGAGCUCGUGUCAGGCCUGUUUGCAUGA